AUGUCUGGGAUCUGGGGAGGAUACUUAGCAGAGGAUCUUGUCAAGCAGCUCCGUCACAAUACUCCUCUCUUAUUAGCGCAGUCCCUGCAAAUAUUUAAGUCUCAUGAAUCACGAACGCUGCGCACUGUUUAUUACUGUGGUCUUAGACUAGGUAAUCCUCGCAUGGUUUAUGAACCUCAAGGAAGUUUUAAGUUAAAUCAGGUUCAUAUGUCAAAUACUCUAGCUUCUCUGUGCAGAUAUAUCAAUUCAGAAGGGGGUCAAAGAUACGCAUUCAUGGGAUUCGCCAAUCCAUUUUCUAUGUUCUUCUUCCACGUCCCUGUCACCACCCUUUACGUGAAGAGGAAACUCAAUUACUCAAGACCCAUGAUUAUGCUUACAAAAACCCUAAAGCUCCGGUAUGAAUGCGAAGUAUUCUACAUGCAAAAAAAGAGGCAUUCGUGGGAAUCAUAA